AUGUCGUCGCCCCCCACGAAAAAGACCGCCUUUGCGCAAAAGUAUGGCCCAGGCCCUGCAAGUAUAAACAUUCCAGGGAAUCCGAUCAUCGUGAAAAGCGGUUUUACCCCAUUCCCUCCUGCACAGCCAUUUUCAUUAGAUCAGUCUGCUCAAAAAAGCCAAGACGAUAUUGAAGAUUAUCAGAGGAAGAGCUUGCAUGGUUUCACAAUGCAGCAAUUGAGAGAUCGGGGAGCUAUUUACGACGAUCCAAUUAAGUAUACUCCUAUAGAUAUUCCGAUAGAUCCAAUGUAUCAGCGAGAUCGGUGGACAUUGUCUCCGCUCAAGGAUAUCUUCAUGGCGGAUGGAGUUACGAAAUGGUCAGCACAGAAUAAUGUUGUUUGGUCUGCCAUGAAACCCUGUUUACGAAUAGCAACAAACAUAUUGUAUAAAAUUUGUGCGCACCCUUGGUUUGAUGCUUUCUUGUUAGGUCCUCGAGAAUACAUCGACCAUUCCAGAAUGAGUGCAGUGCUUUUGCUCGUGGGGACCGCUAAAGAACUGAACUUGCAGUCCUUUAGUACACGACCUCCACAUCCAGAUAACGCCAAAUCAUGCGAAUUAGCACAGUCACUCUUGUUAGGAUCGAAAGGUAUGCGAACUCUCCGAUGGGGGUUGAUGUCAGCUUUCGAAUUACCGACGGAUCCUCAGCCAGCACGGGUGGACCCAAUGUAUGGUUUUGCAAUAGUUGAUAAAGAUAGCAGCAGACCCGAGGAUAUCAAAGGAUUCCUUGCUUUCGAAUUGCUUUCUCCGCUGCUGAGGAAAGAUCUUACUGAUGGGGAGCGGAUUGGCGCACAAGUCUUGGUAGCCUUCACUCUUGUCCACGAGACGAUACAUAUAUUAAAUUUCGCAAAAGGAUAUAAGGAGAUCGGGAACCUGUACAAUCGAAAGCUCACACCCCGUGAGUGGAGAGAACAGUAUUGUUUGGACGAACCUCUUCUUGAAGCGGGAUACUCCGCAGAGUAUGCCCUGUUCAAUGGAUGUUUAGAGGGUAUCCGCGACAGUCCUUUUGAAGGUACACAUCCUGCCUUCUAUCAUGGUUCGUUUCCUACCAAAAAGCAGGGCCGUGUCCCGUACUUAACGACGCCCUCGUUUCCACCUGUACGUGUGGCCAAUCCAUUGCCUGUAGCCUAUUUACGAAAUCUCGCAUCACAAGAUUUCUGGGACGCAAAUGGAACAUCCAUUCGUGACAUUAGACCUCCUCCAAACGAUGUGAUAUCAUUCAAGUACGAAGGCGAGACUGAUGAAGAAUACAAACUUGCCGACAAAAAGGAAGCAGAAUAUCUCAUGCGUCCCAGCUCGUCGGCGAUUACUAUCGAUCGUCUGGUAAACUUCUUACCGGCUGCAAGAACUGCUUACGGAAUUGAACUUUUCGCUGAGAGGCUUGAGGAGAUGAAGAAGCUUAAUGAUAAUGCCGCGAGCCUCGUGGAGGUUGCAUUAUGCGCAAGUGAGCUCUGCGAAAGAGCUCGGGGAACGCUAGACUAUGAAUCUAGUCUUGAUCUACUGCUCCGUGACUUGAUGACGAUCGUCGUUGCUCAAGAGGCUUGUUUUGAGCGCAUGAUCCAGAUCGGGAUUCAAGGGAUAGACAUAACAACAUUUGGGGUCAUGACGCCCUCUCAAAGUGCCACUAUACAAGAUAUAAAUGGUAGACUCAACACGAUGAAGCUUGGGUGCACAAAGACAGCAGCCAAGCCACUAGGCAUCGAUCUCAUAGAAGAGCAAGCAGAAAUACAAAUCGACAACCUGACAGAUGAGAUAAUGGCUCGAGGUCUAAUGCCCUUUCGAAACCGAGGACAAACUGUACAAUGCGUCAAUGAUUGCAAUAAACGUCGCGGACGAUUGAAGACCGCCUUACAUUAG